CUUGGCGGUUCUAGGUUAUGGGGUGUUGAGUGUCUGGACUUGGCCGGAGGACCGCGCAUUGGUCCUAGGAUGCGAAGGCCAUUUUCUUCCGGGCGGGGGUCAAAUCCUCGGGAAGCCGAACCAUUCUGUCCAGCCACCUGUCCCAAACCGGGUGCAAGCCGUGUCACCUCUCUAGGAGGCUCCUGAUAACCGGCCGUGCUGUCCCUCUCCCAUGCGGAAAGCCAGCUUCCCGCGGCCCGCUGGGAAGAUUCUUGGCUACCCAAGCCGGCCGGGGCAUCCGAGGGCAGGAGCCAAGCCAGGCGUGCCCGGUUGACCAGUGGAGAGCACCCUCGCUUGACUGACUGUCCUCUUCACCCGGACCCAGACUCGGCGCCGCACACCCCCCCGGAGGAGAAGGGGGGCAGCGCAGUCACGCGCGCACCACACUUGCGCUCACAAGCGCGCAAGGCUCUCGCUCUCCGCCCCGCACACCUGUGCUCCGCCCCCUGGUCCCGGGCGGGCGACGGUCGAAGGCUUGGGAACCCAAGGCUGCUGCGGCGGCGCCCCCCAUCUCAUUCCCUUCCCAGCGCUGGUAUAGUCCGGAGCCUGUCGCCGGUCCCGACCAGCCCGCAUCCCUCUCCAUCCUUCCCUCCCCCCGCCUGCCGCGGCACCGGUAUCUGCAGCCGCAGCCCGGAGCCCUUGAAGCGGCGAAGGGGGGAGGGGAAGGAAGCAAGGGAUGAGCGCCGGGAGGGCGUCGGGGGCCCCGAGCCGGACUAGGACGCCCCUGGAGCCGGAACCCGAGCCGGAGCCGGAGCCAGAACCAAAUCACCGGUACCGGGUGGGCCAGCUGCAGCCCCCUAGCCCCAGGAGGCGCCCUGGCCCGCGCUCGCCCCCCAGGGCCUCAUGUCGGAACCACAGCCUGACCUGGAGCCGCCCCAACAUGGGCUGUACAUGCUCUUCCUGCUUGUGCUGGUCUUCUUUCUCAUGGGCCUCGUAGGCUUCAUGAUCUGCCACGUGCUCAAGAAGAAGGGCUACCGCUGCCGCACCUCGAGGGGCUCGGAGCCUGACGACACCCAGUUGCAGCCCCCUGAGGACGAUGACAUGAAUGAGGACACAGUGGAGAGGAUUGUUCGCUGCAUCAUCCAAAAUGAAGCCAAUGCUGAGGCCUUAAAGGAGAUGCUGGGGGACAGUGAAGGAGAAGGGACAGUGCAGCUGUCCAGCGUGGAUGCCACCUCCAGCCUGCAGGACGGAGCCCCCUCCCAUCAUCACACAGUGCACCUGGGCUCCUCGGCCCCCUGCAUCCACUGCAGCCGCAACAAGAGACCCCCGCUUGUCCGUCAGGGACGCUCCAAGGAAGGGAAGAGUCGCCCCCGGCCUGGGGAGACCACGGUGUUCUCUGUGGGCAGGUUCCGGGUGACACACAUUGAGAAGCGCUAUGGGCUGCACGAGCAUCGUGAUGGCUCCCCCACGGACAGGAGCUGGGGCUCUAGCGGGGGGCAGGACCCAGGGGGCGGUCAGGGCCUUGGGGGAGGGCAGCCCAGGGCAGGGAUGCCCGCUGUUGAGAGCCUGCCCCCGCCCCCUGAGAGGCCACAGCGCCAGGUCCUGGCCAGCCCCCCGGUGCAGAAUGGAGGACUCAGGGACAGCAAUCUAGUCCCUCGGGCGCUUGAGGGGAAUCCUGGAGCCUCUGCAGAGCCAGUACCAGGGGCUGCAGGGAGGGGCCCAAGCCCAGGGCCAGCCAAGCAAGAGGCACAUGGACGGCCAAGCAAACCGGACACCUCCAGUCACCAGGUGUCCCCACCACGGGGAGCAGGGGGUGUGUGAGCCGCCUCCUUCUCUGCGCUGAUGGACUGACUACCAGCUGGCAGGGCCCAGGGGAGGGGGGCCUGAAGCCCUUCAUCUCCACUGGACAGCACUGCCCUCCAGCUGAGGGACCAGCCCUCCUUCCACCUGGAGUUGCACGGUCUCAGGUUGGGGGGCUUGGGAGAAGGACCCCGCCCUGGCCCUCAGUCCCCCGCCCCUUCCCCGCCUGCCAACAGGUCGCCUGACCCGCCUUCCCCACCGCCUCAGUCCAUAUGCUAGAGCGUGGCGGCUGGGAGCAGGCCCCUGCCUUUGGUGGGCCCUUAAAGCAAUAGCACCUUAGGUCCCCAGCUGUCUUGGCACAAGAGGCCCAGGCCUGGCUUGGGCUUCCUGCCCUUUAUUCACUGUCAAUAAAUCCGCUCAGACUAU